GAGCCAAGUGAACUCUGUGGCGAUCUCACCCAAUGGCAAGUGGUUCAUAUCAGGCUCGAACGACAAGACCAUCAAGGUGUGGGAUGCCAUCACAGGCCAAGCAGUCCUCACCAUCGAUGGCCACAACGACGAGGUUGCGUGUGUUGCACUCUCGUCCGACGGCAAGCUGAUUGCCUCUGGCUCGUGGGACAACACGAUCAAGAUCUGGGAUGCCACCACUGGCGAGUUGAAGCGGACGAUCAAAGGAUACAGCGACGCUGUGCGAUCGAUCUCGUUCUUUCCUGACAGUGCCUCGAUUGUGUCUGGAUCCAACGACAAGUCAGUCCGUGUUUGGGACGUUUCCACUGGCCGACUGUGUCUGUCGAUGGACAAGCACGGCGAUGAAGUUCACUCUGUGGCUGUUUCAGCGGACGGGUCCACGAUUGUGUCUGGCUCGAGCGACAAACGCAUCAUGGUCUGGGAUGCCACCACGGGUCGGUUGAAGCAGACCAUUGAGAGAGGCAGUGACCACGACGAUGAUUUUGACGAUGACGAUGAUUUUGAUUAUGAGGACGAUGACGAUGAUUUUGAUGAUGACGGCGGCAACGUGGUCAACAGUGUUGCUGUGCCGGCCAAUGGUCAAGUGAUUGUGUCUGGCUUCGGCGAUGGCUCGAUCGAGAUCCGGGAGUCAUCCACAGGCGAGCGAAUCACACUCGAUGGACACAGCAGAGAUGUGACCUCUGUUCAGAUCUCAUCCGAUGGCAGGACCAUUGUCUCUGGCUCGUGGGACAACACCAUCAAGAUCUGGGACGCAGAAUCGGGCCGGCUGAAGCAGACUCUCGAGGGCCACAGCAACUGGGUGAACUGUGUGGCGAUAUCGGUGGAUGGCGCAAUGGUUGUGUCGGCCUCCAGCGACGAGUCGAUCAAGCUGUGGGAUGUCGACACAAGCGGCAUUCUGCCAAACAAAGCCACCAGCCAAACCACCAACUCAACCACCAGCCAAACCACCAUCGAGCACACUGCCGAUGUGAGUGCUGUGGCGGUUUCUGGUGACGGCCAGUUGAUCGCAUCAGGGUCCAGCGACAAGACCAUCAAGAUCUGGGACGGACACAGUGGCCAGUUGAUCCAGACUCUCGAGGGCCAUGACACCGGUGUCAAGUCGAUCAACCUGUCCUUGGACGGUGACUUGCUCGAGUCCACUGACUGGCAAGACAACCGCACACUGUGGAUCAGACACAACGGAUGCUUUGUCCAGUCAGAAGUCUCGGGCGAGGAACUCCUGAAAGUCUCCACAGAUCCACUGACACUCUCGACUGUGUGGGAGAAGGUUGACAUCCCGCAGUGGAUACGGCAAGGAGAUCAGAUGUGCAAGGUUCCACAUGGAAUGUACGAGUGGAGUUGUCGCCAAACCAGCACUCACGGGACACUGAUCAUGAUGAAUCGACGACCACUGGUGAUUCGGACACACUUCAGUCAUGGCUGCUUCCUUGAGGCUCGGGGAAACGACGGAGACCUGAGCAAGGCGCUUGAGUGUUUCAGGAUCUCUGCAGAUUGGGGUGAAUCGGAGGCACAGAUGCGGGUUGGAUUGUGGUUUGAACAAGGUCGUGGGGCCGACAGCGAUCAAGUUGCAGCAAGACAUUGGUUCAAUCGAGCAGCACAGAAGGGGCAUCCCGACGGACAAUUCCAUCUCGGACGCUGCUUGGAGAAUGGGAUCGGUGGAUCGAUUGAUCUCAGUGGAGCCGUCACUUGGUAUCAGAAGGCUGCCGAUCAAGGUCAUGCAAUCGCUGCAACGAGCUAUUUCGAAUUAUCACAGCGACAAUCUAAUGCUGGAAAUGUCGAUGCUCAGUAUCACCUUGGUCGAUGUUUUGAACAUGCAAUCGGAACAUCAGUUGAUACUUCUCAAGUAUUGAGUUGGUAUCAGAAGGCCGCUGAUCAAGGUCAUCCUGGUGCUCAAUUCCAUCUUGGUCGAUGUCAUGAACAUGGAAUCGGAACAUCGGUUGAUACUACUCGAGCACUGGGUUGGUACCAGAAGUCUGCUGAUCAUGGCCAUCCUGGUGCUCAAUUCCAUCUUGGUCGAUGUCAUGAACAUGGAAUCGGAACAUCGGUUGAUACUACUCAAGCACUGAGCUGGUAUCAGAAGUCUGCUGAUCAAGGCCAUGGAAGCGCCUCAAAGAG